GACUAGAAGAAUUUUAAUGCACUCUGGACAUGGAAAAAGUGAAAUUAUUUUACCAUGUCACAACUUCGCUUUUCAAACCAAACAUCAUUCAAGCACAAGCAAUUAUUCCACAGCCCCAAAAUCAAUCGGCAGAUUGGAUGCGACUUUUGAAUCCAAUGUACAAGGAUAAGAUUCCAGAUGGAGUCUGGUUCUGUUCAACACUUUUCAAUGGUAAUCUGCCAAACAAAUCGCCUUAUGGCACACAGCGCGUGAAGAUACCGAUUGAAAAAGUUUUCAGCCAACUUGGAAGCAGCGUGAAUCUGUACCUUGGACAAAAAGCGGAGGUCUCCGGUAACAAAUAUAUCCGGCUUAUGGCUGUAAAGGAAGGCGAUACCUUUGAAUGUUUAGAGCAUAUGCAGAAGAUUGAUCCUGUCGACAACGAAUGGAUGAAGUUUACUUCGGAUACCGAAUUUGCAGUUGCUAAACGACCUGUUUGGGUGGAAGUAUUUUUCCCCUAUAAAAUUCAGGUGGAAAACGAAGAGUGGGAUACAGUGGAAGAAUUGAAGUAAAUGAGAACUGGACAUGAUUAAUCCAAACUGAACCCGUUACCCUUACGAGGGAAGUAGAAGACACCGAAAUAAAGCACGAUGGAUGUCAUGUGGAAUAUCAGUGACUCUAUGUAAUCUUUCUAAAUUAUACUCAUACUUAUAAUUAUACUCAUUUCCACAUUAUGUAUCUUAUUUUGCUCCAUAUACUGUUUAAAUAGAUAAUACUUAUCUACUGUUAACUAAGAGUACCAAAAGAAAAGCAUUAAAGUUAUUUAAGACAUAAUUGAUGACUUCACGAUAAAAUGAGAUACCCAAGGAAACGAUGGCAUCACUUGGUGAAAGCAAUUUAUUACAAUAUAUAGCAUUGCAGUCGACCAAGAUGUAAAUGUUCAUGAACUUUUCAUUUUUAAUUCUUUAAUUGAACAAUCAAACUGUUUUAAAAUGAUGUAUUGUAUAUCAAAUCAUCAUUAUGUUCAGUCAUUCAUUGAAUAAAUCACAUAUCUUAUU